AUGAACCCUUUCGCAUCAUCAUCUUCUACCCGUUCUUUUCGCUUCACAUCGGCCUCGAUAUUUGUCCUUCUUCAAUUGGUCUCAUUUGGCGCGGCUGAUAUCUCGUUUUGCAAGUGCAUGUGCUUUACCAACUAUACGAUUGUGCCGCUAUAUAGACCGAAGGACCUGUCCAAGCCUUGCUUAACAUGCACGAAACAGUUCUGCUUGGACCAGAAACUCUCGAUCUGUCAGGAUGCUAAGCUGGGUAAUACUAAUCUGGAUACCGGGACGGGUGAUGAAGGGGAUAUUAGGACUAAAUGCUUUCAACGUGAUUCGACUAAAGAUCAAGUGAUCGUCGUCAGCUUCAUAAUCCUCACAACAAUCUUACUGAUAUCUGCAUUAGUCAAAGAACGUAUCUAA